AUGCCAAGAACUCAAGCCCAGCAGAAAGAGGAAGAAGAUGUGCUAUCUAACGUGAGCGACGUUGAAGCGGAGGACGAAGAGCUGGUCAUCAUGUCGAUUCUAUUCGAUCGAGGUGAACUUGGUGUCGCAAUUUACAACGCUUUGGACACGAGUCUUAAGACUUUGCAGAUACAAAUCGAUGAUUCAAGAGAUCUAGAGGAGAUACUGGAGCGACUACAUACACAAUUCGAGGUGACUCGCGUGCUAGUUUCGUCUAGAAAUGCAAGUACAAAUGGAAUGCUUCGAAUGGUGAAGAAGAUCGACGAAAAACUGCAGACGAAGACGGGAAUUAGCGUCCGAAAGCAUUCAGAUUUCAGCUACUUAAAAGGUACUCAAGCAAUUGGGCAUGUCCAGAUCGGAGACACUCGUAAUAAGAUCAGAAAAUCUCAACCACGAUCGACGUCAAGGAACGAAACCUACACAUUCCUGCAAAGCUUCUUUGAUUUUGAGAGCACUCAGCUGAUUCGUGCCACCGGCGCAUUGCUGCUCUACUUGAACACUGAAAAGACCGGGAAUCAAUUAGAUGAUGUUGAAUCCGUGUUUUUUUCAACGGUGGAGCAAGUUGCACUCGAAGGAUUCAUGUACAUUGACAAGACCACUCUGCAGUCCCUUCAGAUAUUCAACCAUGAGGCACAUCCGUCGCUUAUCAAGGGAUCUGGUCGAGCAAAGGAAGGCUUUAGUCUUUUUGGACUUCUCAACCGCACCAUGACCAAAUCUGGCGGCUGCAUGUUGCGUCGUUGGAUGCUAACUCCGCUUGUCAGUAGUGUUCAAAUCGCCGAGCGCCAUAAUUCUGUCGCGUUCUUCGCGAAUACUGAAUACGAUGAGCUUCGGCAACUAUUGUGUGGAAAGCUGAAACGGUUUAGAGAUGUGAAUGGAAUUUUUCAGCGCAUCAAAAGGCGCUGCGCUUCAGUUAGUGACUGGUGUCGAUUUGCUGCCUCCAUUGGGAGUUUCUUGGAAGCACAGUCCCUCAUAGAAAGCCUCAGCGAAACAAGCAACUCGCUGCCUAAUCUAUUUGCAAGGGUCAUAGGGGAGCGUGGUGUCAUUCACGUUAGCAAUUUGCUGGGAAAUGUAGUGGAUUUUGAAGAGAGCCAACAAGAACGCACAGUGGUUAUUAGAAGUGGCGUGUCGGAAGCGCUGGAUGAGGCACGAAAACGCUAUGAAGAUCUUGACAAUGUAUUGACGGAGGUCGCGUUUCAGGUCCAAGAGGCAAAUCCAUCUUUGUCAUCGAUCACAGUCCAGUACAUUCCUCAAGUUGGGUAUGUCAUCUGCUGUGAAUCCCCCACCACGUUGCCGGACUUUGUGUUCCAAUUUCAAGAAGACGACACAACAUUCUAUUACAAGGAUGCUUGCUGCCGCGAUUUGGACGAGUCGAUUGGGGAUAUUUAUGGUUACAUUCUGGAUGCGCAAAGAGAACUUCUGGAAGAGCUAACGAUGGCAUUGCUGGAGUACGAGGGUAGUAUCCAUGAGAUGACUUGGAUCAUGUCCUAUCUUGAUUGCUUGAUCUCGUUCGCAUCCUGUGCAAAAAGCUUCAAUUUUACUCGUCCAACAAUAAGUGAGAGCAACAUCUUGAAGGCGACUCAAGCUCGCCACCCUCUCCAGGAGCUACUAGUUGAGCACUACAUCCCCAAUGACGUUUUACUAAAUUCUAGCGACUGGCUGAAAAUUGUAACGGGACAAAACGGAUCGGGAAAAUCCGUCUAUUUGAAAGUGGUUGGUCUGCUGCAAUACAUGGCUCAAAUCGGAUCCUUCGUGCCAGCUGAAAAAGCGGAGAUAGGGUUGGUUACGAAAGUUUUCAGCAGAAUUCAGAGCAUGGAAUCCGCGACAGUGUCACAAAGCUCCUUUACGAUCGACUGCAACCAGAUGGCAUGGAUGCUCAACCACGGCGACGGUCGCUCGCUGUUCUUGAUUGACGAAUUUGGAAAAGGAACGGCUGAGCUCGAUGGAAUUGCUUUGUUGAGUUCAAUCAUCAACCAUCUUUCCAGAUGCAACUUCACAAGCGGAAGACCCCGGGUUGUGUUGACGACCCAUUUUUUGGAAAUCUUUCGUGACGACCUGCUUGAGCCGUCACUGUUUAUCGGCCAGUCGCUGACUCCAAAUGAUGGCCAUCAAUCUGGUAGCUCAUCCGACACUGGCCGCAUAAUGUGUAAUGUCAUGGCGUCCACAGAUGCGCCAGAAUCGUUUUCAGCAACGUCCAGCGCUGUUCCGCUAUUUGAGCUGCGUCCCGGUAUUUCUAAGCAUAGCAAUGCACUAACGUGUGCUUUGAAGUGCGGAAUACCGCAGCAGUUGGUCGAACGGGCCCAAGAAGUACUGGAUUGCAUCAAGCAUGGUUUGCCCAUUCCAUCUCGGCAGCAGUCGACAGGACCUUCCCCAGAGGAGCAACUUGCUGUGUUUUUUGCAUCAAUUAAUGAUUGGCAGUGUGCAGAAGAUGAUGUUAUUGCCAAGUUCUUGGCAAUGGCGCGGAUGGGCACGCAAUAA